GUUGCCCUAGCCAAGCGGCAGCCAGUUGCCCUAGCCAAGCGGCAGCCAGUUGCCCUAGCCAAGCGGCAGCAACUUCCCCGCUCCCACGGCCGAGUGGCCGAGUAGUUGUUCCUUUGACGGUCUUCGCGCUCUUCAGAUCGUUUUAUGACUCAAAUAUAGCGUGGUUACUAGAUCCAGAUUCUAGAAAAAAUUAGAAGGUAUCUUCUAUAUUCCUUUCAUGAACUCGUUGAGGGAAAAGUUGUGAAAUAAAUUUAACUGGGAAAUUAUUUUGCCAUGAGUAAUUUUGGUUUCUCUAUGUGUUGAAAGUUAAUACAUAUGAAUACUUUUUAAACUCUAAUUUAGACAAAGUUUGUUUUUGGAUGAACCUAGUGGUUUUUGAGGAGAACAUAUGGCAUCAUAAAAUUCGAUGCCAUAUUUGCACUGCAUAAUUUCUGUUUCUGUCCAAGCUGUUGCAUCUAUAUUUGAUACUUCUACAAAAAUAUCGCAGUUCACUUAAAGAUUAGUCUGUAAUUUAGUAUUCAGUACUCAGGUUGAGAUAACUCGUGGUUUGUAAACUAGAAUUCUGGCGAAAUUCUGGAGUGUCAAGUUACUUGUAGGGCUAUUUGGUCUGAGGGUGCAAGCCGUUAGUUAUCUUUGAUGACAUGGCUUCGUGUUAUCAGUAGAUUGAUUUGCUCUUAUCUGAUGUGGAAAAACCUAUGUAGUUUGGUGGGCCAGUCUCCCGCUUUUGUUUCGUGUUCCCCUUGCUGUGAUGUUCUUUUUUGCCGCUGCUCAUGUUUGAAGUCUCGCAACAUUUCUCCCUGAAUUGAGAUGCGUUUUGUUGUCACUGAACCCAGUGCCCUCCUUCUCUGUCUGAAUUUAUUUUAUAUGACUAUAACCCAUUUCUAUUCAUUCUCUUUAAAAAUAAUGUAUCCAUAUAAUUAUUUUCAUCAUUUCUCCAGGCAAGGUUUCUUUUUUAUUUCAAAUCUUGUCAAUACUAGCUUUAUUCUUCUUGCUCAAUUGGUACUCACAUAUUUUGUGUCAACCAUUUUACGUUUUGUGUAGAUAAGAUAGUGAUUUUUAAAUAUUAAUUUUUAGCGAGUAUUUUUGGUGUAAAGUGUACAUACCGAGAUUUCACUUCAUGAAAAUAGAGAUUACAAGUAUUUCCAGAAUGAUAGGCUAUAUGAUAUGUUUAAUUUGAAAAUUGCGAUUAGAAUGUUUGAGCCCAUGCAGGGCAUUUACCUGAGUUGGCACAUUUGGAAACUACCCAAAUGGAGUUGAAAUUUUUUGAGUAUGAAAUUUUUUCUUUGCCCGCUGCUCGUGUUUAUAUUAGAACUGUCCCUGCUGAACUUGAUGCUGGUGAUUCUGAAGCCUUCAUUGGUACGAUAUUUUUUGUAUGACCUUCUGUAAAUUUAGGUAGCCUUUACAGAAGGUCAGUCGGGAGCCUUUACUUUCCUGCACUUCAUCGCAUUGAUUUGGUGUAAUUUUAAAACUAUUCGCAUCUCGAUCUUUGCUGAAAUUCAUUAAUAGUAAAACUUGAUGUGGAUUUGGUAAACGAGAAGUAAAUGGAAUACCAUUGUGAGUGUAAGAUUAUUAUUAACUUUAAUUUCGUGUUUUAUCCACUGUGAUGUCAGCGACAUUCAUGAAUGUGUCUUAGUGGUUGACGUGACCGAGAUUAUUUGUAUAUUGUGCUUGUUAAGGAUAAUGGCACUCUAGGACAGCUUGUAGGAAGUUGUCAGCGAUGUGGAUAACUUCAAUAGCAAUGAUUGUGAUUUGCAGGGCUGAUUUGCAGAGUCAUUAUCACAGUGCUUGAUUUAAAAGACACAAUUUCAACAGUAUAGCUUUUUGUAUGCACGAGUUUUAAUAACGUUCUAUUUUAUUAUCUUGAUUAGUUUCAAUAAAUGCGUAUCAAAUCUUUUUGUCGUUUAUUCUUGCUCGUAUUUUGCACAGCUGUCUAAUAAACUGGAACUUCCAGGCUAUCUUAUCUUGAUCAGCAAGAAAAUCUUCUCGCACGAAGGAAAAAGUGCGUCGAUCAGUUGUACCCAGCUUGUCUUCAGAAGUUGCAGGAGACAAAUGUCCUGGUUCAUCUUAUAACAAGCACAAAGAGAACCUCUGCCGCAUGGGUGCCAUUUCCCUGCUCAGUGGCAAGCAGGGAAACUUUUGACCGCUAGUAAUAGCAAAUUGCUAACUAGGCUACCAUUAAAAUACUUUUUUAGGACUCUAUUAUCCAAAACAUCUUUAAUGUAUUCAGAUUUGAGCUUCUCCUAGAUGGCUAGCUGGACUCCAAACAGUUCCUGUAAGCUUUAUUUGUGUGCUGAACAUAUUGACGAGAGUUCGUGUGGCCUCUACACCUGCAACUGGCGCUUCACUCUUGACGCACUUCCGCCCUGGGCUUUCUAGCUGCUUGUUCUAUUUUAUCCCUUCCCACCACAAACAUUACUUGUGUCAAGCCUCCUGAAGACAAACACACAGACAACUGCAUAUCCUGCUCACUGCUGACACAGCCUCAAGAGCAACCCCUCACAACCAAUAGCUUGUGAACUCAUCUGUAAGCGUGUGCACUCAGUCACAUUUGCUACCAUGGAAAUGUCUAAGGAUAUUAAAAACCUUUUCCGUUCAUCCAUUGACUCUGAGAGCACCACUAUGGAUGCCAUCAAGAGCAUCACACGACGCAAUGACCGCGAGCCUCGCAGUUUCUACCACGUAGACCUGGACGAGGUGGUGCGGCGCCUGCAGCAGUGGCGUCUCAAGAUGCCGCGCGUGCACCCGCAUUACGCCGUCAAGUGCAACGAUACACCCGCCGUGCUAGCCGCUCUCGCGCUGCUCGGCGCUGGUUUUGACUGCGCGUCACGCGUGGAGAUGAAGAAGGUGUUGGGGCUGGGAGUGGCUGCACCUCGCAUCAUCUAUGCGCAUCCCUGCAAGAUCGCCAGCCAUCUCAAGUUUGCGCAUGCGCAUGGAGUCUCCCUCAUGACUUUUGACAGCUAUGAGGAGCUCGACAAGAUCUCCGUAAUAUACCCCGAUGCUGAGCUUGUGCUGCGCAUCAGAUGCGACGCUGUCAACGUCCAGUGCCAGUUGGGGGUGAAGUUUGGGGCGCAACCUUUUGAAGCUCGUGCGCUGCUGCAGCGCGCGGCCCAACUCAAUCUGAAGGUCGUGGGUGUUGCCUUCCACGUCGGGUCUGGGUGUUCUGAACCUGAGGUCUUUGGUCGAGCCAUUGAAGCCUCAAAACAGGUGUUCAUUGAGGCCGUUGAGGAAGGCCACUCACCGUAUCUGCUGGACUUGGGCGGUGGCUUCCUCGGUGACAAGCAUUCCUCCUUGGACGAGGCUGCAAACUGCAUCAACAAUGCGCUCGAGCUCCACUUUCCUGAGAGCUCGGGCGUGCGUGUGAUAGCUGAGCCGGGGCGCUACAUGGUGUCGGCGGCCUUCACACUCGCCACGCCCAUCAUCAACAGGCGCAAGGUGCUGCUCGACCCCGCCUCGGUCUCACCUCCGUCCACGUCAGGACCCGUCAAGUCCGUCAUGUACUUCAUUGAUGAUGGUCUUUACGGCUCUUUCAACUGCGUCCUGUACGACCAUCAAGUCGUGAAGCCUGCUCCGCUGGAGAUGCAGUUGGGUGAAGAUCGUCUUUCGUCCGUGUGGGGCCCAACUUGUGAUGGCUUUGACCGGGUGAUAGAAGGAAUGCUGCUGCCGAAGUCGCUGGCGGUGGGUGACUGGCUGGUGUGGGAAGACAUGGGCGCCUACACACUCGCCGCCGCUGGCAACUUUAACGGCUUCCCGCUGCCCGAGGUUAUGGUGCACCUCAAGCCCAUGACGAGAUUACUCCUAGAAGCCGAGUACGAAAAGCUCAUCUCAGGUACGGUAGACAGCGAGCUGUCAUCUGGCGUGAGCUCCGAUGAUGACUGUAGCUCGCGCGCGUCUUUGUCCUCGUCAGGUGACCUCCCUGGAACCAAAUGCGAGCCUCUGGAGCUCGCUUAUCAGCUCAUGGACUCACUGGACCUGGAUAAGGUACGCCGAACGCAGCUGGUGAAUAUGCUCUUCACCGAGACAUUGCAGCCGAGAAGAGCAGCGUCCCCACGUCGUCUUAAGACCACCAACUGCUCCUUCAUUGACUUCGUUGACCCCACUGAGUCUGAGGAUGACCGUGAUGCGUAGCUUUGGGCCAGGCUAGGUUCUCACAGGUUCUGCGAUGGGUUUGCGCGCGAAGGUUUCAGGCUAUUCAGUUAGCAGAACCCGAGCUUGCUGCUUACAUCGGCUUCCUUUGAGAGCUUACCAUUCAUCAGUUGCAUUACCAUAUAUUUGUAUUUUCCAAGCGUCAGUUGUCUGUAGUGUGUUGUCUUUCAGGGGGCUUGCAUUUCUAUUCAAUAACACCGCUCCAGAAAUUGGAAUUCAUUGCUUAAAAAGCAGAAGAGGUGACUAUGUUAUCAGAUACUACCUCUCAUUAUUUGUAUGCACCACGAUCAUCAUUCUCUCUUUAUUUUGGUGUUGAUCACAUUUUUUUCUGUUUCUUGUUAGUUUUGCGUUGAAAAUUAUCGUCAUUAAUUGUAUAAUUGUCCUCUCGGUAUUGGUUUCAACUGCUGUUAUUUAUUACAUUUAAACUAUUUAUGGACUCCUAUCUCUUUAGAUAACACCUGGUUAUAACUCGGCUUGUAUUUAAGAGCCUGCUCAGGUAGCUCUUGCAUCUCACCUGACAGCAUAUGUUACUUCGCUCGCUGACAUUGUUUAUGCUGUAAACGUAGAAUUGCUUCUAUUUGAUAUCGACCGCUUGUGAUCCAAACUAUCCGAUUUGUUUCUUUAUACAAGUUGUUAAUAUCUCCAUGUAGCGCUUGUAAAUAUUAAACUAGUAUCGUCGGAUGCAUGAAUUCCGAGUAUUGGUCGAAUGUCAUUGAUUUUACUUCGCCCUAUUGCAUGCAACCUAGCACUCUUUGUAUUAGGUUGUACUUGAGAUCGCAAAGUUAUAACCUGUUGCCUUUCAUUGGACAAAUUCGACGCCAUAAGAUAUUGUUAGAAUGAUUUCUGUGUAUAUCCUUAAAAUUUCAUCAGUUUGAUAUUGUAUUGCGUGUUAUGGGCAACAUUUUAACCAAAUUCGUUUUAAUACCAAGCGUGUUCCACAAUUUGUUUGGGAUUUCAUGUAGACUACAAUUGUGCUUCCGUUUUGUGUGUUUUGCAGAGUAACGCAAGCUGAUACAUCAGAAUGCUGAAAAAGCGCUCCGACGUCUCCCUCGAACUGAUGUAUGUGCUUACUCUACUAAAUCUACUUGAGUAAAAUGACGGGUUUAAUUGC